GACGACGCCCUACGGGAGUUGCCCCGGUCGGCGCAGCCGAUGGGUCGAUGUUUGAAGCACCGGCGUGUUUUGGAAUAACCCGGCGACGGAUGCCGUCGAGGGUUCUUCGCGUUGCCUCCGAAAACAUUCUGGGAUCGACGACGCUCCGUGCUAAACGUCAACGCAAGGUCGUUCCUGUGGUUGGCUCCGGUAAUUUUUCUGUUUUUUUAACCGGAAGAAAUGUGAGGGACUAACAGCGGAAGACAUCAUUUCACGUCUGUCAAGAUGCGUUUCCGUGGUGAAGAGUGAAAAAUAUACGUCCAAGCCAAGUUUGACCUCGAUCAAGGAACUACGGUGAUCGUUUAUUUCGCUUGUGCUCGAAGAUACAAGUGCCGGAGUGUUUUAAGCCACGCAUUUUCUGACGAACAGGAUUCGUCACCCGAUCGCUGACGUUUUUACGCCCGUAGCGCACGUGCGAAUUCUUCGUCAGAACCGGUGAAACGGUGGCCUAGGUUUCUGGUGGUCAAAUUUGCUGAACGAACGCCGGUGGUGCAGUUCAAGUUUGACCCGCUUCAUGGUGUUGAAUUCCAGCUGAUUGAAGCAAGAAAAAACAGUGAAACGUGUCUUGGACAUCAACACCCUCGUGAUCGGACGGCAUAUCUCUUUUUCCGCCGAUGGUGAUAGCUUCAGCGGUCACUGAUCGUUCCACGCUGUGCGUUGUCUUGCGAACGGAAGGUCACCGAUCGAGAUAGCCAGGAGCAGAUUUUUUAACCCCGUGCUCGCUGGUCCAUUCAUUCUCGACUGCAUCCGACAGUGCUUCGAGUGGACGAAAACAUGCGUAGCAUCUCUGCGUAAGAAGGUCGAUCGCUUCUGUGAGAAGCAGACGGCGCCAAGCAGACGACAGAAUAACCCAACUGGUGUGCGUUACGGAAGCUUGCACUACAGGAUCCAAUGGACGCCUGCUCUUCGGAAUGCGGAAUCGCUACGACCCUGUUCGGCGCCGCUGACAGUGCAACGAAGAUGAGCUGAUAAAAGCGCCUUGAACUUCGUGACGUCACUUCGCGACUUAAUCGGUGCCGCAAUGGCUUCCGGAUUUGCUCUAGCGGUGCACUCUGACUGUUCUCAACGGUGGAUUGUUCGCGUUCUCACUGGGAUAACCACGGUAGCGUUGAUGUUAUUCGUCGCUCUCGAUACAGCUGUCUGCGCACCGCACAGACAGCGUCUCAAAGUGAGCCCGGAUCUGAUUACGAAGUCGUGGGACCCUUUCCCCGUGAUGGGCUUUUUCGUGGAGACCUGCCACAGCGAGCUCAACCGCACGGGCCGGUGCCUGUCCCUGCCCGACUGUCGCUUCUCGAGGGGCACGAGGGAGGGAGACUGUGCGGACGGAUUCGGAGUCUGCUGCAUCUACGAAGCGCGGGACAAUGUGCAGACGACGCUGUCCAACAACUCGUACUUCGUCCAGCCCCAGUUCCCGCAACCUUUCGGUGGCGGCAAAAACGUUUCGCUGACGGUGCUUCUACCGGCUUCCACCUGCCAGCUGCGCCUGGAACUCGAGGAGUUCCACCUUCUGCCCCCGGUGGCCGGACGCUGCCUCAACGACUCCCUGCGGGUCUUCGUCAACGGCAGCGACUCGUACGUGCCCGAGUUGUGCGGACACAACGCCGGACAACACGUGGUCAUGCACUUUCCGGAGAACGACGAGCACAGCCUCCUGUCUAUGAAUGUGGCCACCCCGAAAGCCGGCUUUGAGAGGCGGUGGUCAGUCCGGAUCGUUCUGUACAGCUGCGGCAGCAAGAAGUUAGCGCAACCCGGUUGCCUGCAGCACCACGGCGGUUGCAGGGGCUCCUUCCGGAGCUUCGCGUUCACCGAGGAGGCGCUGCACUUCGUGCGCGCCCUCAACUACGCCGUGUGCAUCGCGCGCCCCAGCUGGCUGCAGGCCAUAUCGCUCAAGAUUCGCACCGUGUCUCGGUACUCGCCGACCGAGGCGACCCGCAGCGGUGGCAACGGUAACAUCAACAGUGGCGGCGCUGCUGCUCAGGAGUGCCGGAGCAACUUCAUCCAGCUGCCGCCGGGAUACGACAGCCGGCGCGGCCUGGCCGCGCCCGUCAGGAUCUGUGGCGGAAACCAAACGGUCGUGCUACACAUGUCGGUCCAAGGCCCCCUUGUCUUUUACAUCGUCAGCAGCGGCAGCUCCGACCAACGGACCCAGUUUCGGGUGGACUACAGCCUGUACCCUUGCUCCGACACCUCGACAUGAACGAUUCUCUCAAGCCCUGCUCAAUCUUAUCACGUCAUAGAUUCAACAUAUACCACCCACUCGCAGAUAAAUUUGCGUUAUAUCUGCGUCAAACACCGAUACAACUGACAUGGAAGCACAGCUAGAACUUCGGUGAUAGUGACGUGUGGUGGCAAAUGCAAUCCUAGCACACCUCUGGCGGCGUCGCUGGUGCUCAAAAAAAGCAUUGCGACGCUUAAGAGGGUAGACGUCACGAUCACGGGCUUUAUUUGCCGCACCUUACGUCAUCUAUUGCGACAUCCUUCAGACGUGGUGACAAAUUGCGCGUGGCAGAUUUGUUCCAGUGCGAAAAUCAUUAGUUUCGCUCUUCUCAGCAUCCAGCAGCAAAUGUUAACUCUCCGAGUAUUAAUCUGUCAUGUUGCUGCCAGCUUCACGAGCGCACUAACUGUGAACUGGACUCGAAGAAACCACUGCAUAUGUACAUUCGCGUCAGGGACUACUUUCAUUUAUAGCUUUCAGCGGCAUUGAGCAUACAACCAAACGGAUGGAAACGGACGAAGCACUUGUCACCUAACAACAAGUGUUGUUUUCUGUCACCUCCUUGUCACUCUUCAGAUUUUGCGGUAACGCGCUGGCACGCCGAUCAGUUAUUACUUAAUACCCUGUUUCCCUAAAACUCCUUCAUCGAGGAGGGUCGAUGGAAUACCGUGCCCAAUACAACUCGAGUGAAAAACGAUAUUGGGGAUUACUUAAGGUGCUGCUUUCAUGGGGAGCAUCAUUUUAGUGGUGAACAUCGCAUGGAGAUUCAUAAUAAAAUGUGAGUGUUGCUCAAAAA